GAAAGCUUCGUGAAUUUCGGUUAACGCGAUCGCGUUCGGAGAGCGUUCGAAAUUUGAAAUUGUAAAUUGGAAUUUUUUGAAAUGCUAUCUGCGGAGUUUUAAAUGUUCUUUUUUAUAGAAUGUAUGUGGCCAGUAUACCAGUGUUUGUGUUUGUCAAAGAUAUGUGCAGUGAUGUGUAAGUGAAGUGUAGUGACAAGAUGGAGUCAAACCCACUGCCUCUGGAGGCAGAGGACGAGGGCCGGCAGCCUCAGGGUUCCUCCACCGGCAGCGGUUCCUCCUCAGGGACAGGAUAUUAUGGACAUAAGAACGGUGAAUGGCGGGGCGAGAGAAGAAUGUUGGAUAUAACAAGAGACAAGCCUGUAAAGGUUUGCGUGCGAGUUGUGGUACCCGUCCGUGACCAUCCUAAGUUUAAUUUCGUGGGAAAACUGUUGGGUCCGAAAGGUAACUCGUUGAAGAGACUUCAAGAGGACACUAUGUGCAAGAUGGCGGUGCUAGGACGUGGCUCUAUGAAAGAUAGACAAAAGGAAGAAGAACUACGAGUGUCGGGUGACCCUAAAUUCGCACAUCUAUCAGACGAGCUGCAUGUAGAGAUCAGUGCGUUCGCUACUCCAGCUGAAGCGCAUGCAAGGAUCGCGUAUGCACUCGCAGAACUGAGAAGAUUUCUAGUACCUGACUACAACGAUGAUAUAAGACAAGAACAGAUGCUGGAAAUGCAGAUACUAUCAUCACAGAGCGAACAGAGACGGCUGACUCCACCAGACUCUUCUAGAAGUGGCAGCGAGGAAACCCUACCACUGAGAGAUGCUGGACCUAAACAAAGACAGAUGCCAAACGUGCAACAAGCAGUGCCCACUUCUCUGCCCGGCAUCGCCCUCAGCCCAGCGAAUGUUCGGGACUUCUCUCCUCCAGCACAGGAACACAUAUCUACACAUCAUCAGAUGGCAGCAGGACACGCUGGACAUGGUGUGCUCGUUGGCAGUGGUGUGCUGCAGCAACCGGCAACACAUCACUUACUCACACAGAACUCGAUAUUAGGUGGCGACAUCCUGGGCUUGUCGAGCCCCGUGCUGGGAGGCGUGUUACAUGCGCACGCCCACCCCGCACUGCGCGGCGUCAAGCCGGCCGCCGUGCACGCACUCGCCACCGCGCAAGAUUGGUUUAUUGAUGUUACGUGUGAGUCGGACGCAGCCGACCGUUCCUUUUAA